GUAUCUGCCCUAAUUUCUAUAGACCAGAAGUUGCGAUAAUUUUCGGAAAUAAAGGGCAGCCCAAGCUCCAGUUCCCGUAAGACUCGCUCCUCUCUCUCUCUCUCUCUCUAGUACCCAGACGUGGCACGCAGUGUAAUCCCGCACGUCCGUUUCUGACCGCAUUCGCUUUUGUCAUUGGUAUUAUUAAAGCUGUUGAGCAAUCAGAUCUGGUCCUUUGAUUCCAUGCCAGUGGUUUAAGCCAAAACGUAGCGUAAGAUCUGGAUCUUCAAUUUUCAGCUCUUAUCGCCAAUUUGAUUUUUUCCCUUGUGAAUGAGAAGGUAAUAAACUUUGCCCAUAAACUUUUUUGUUGGUUUGAUUUCUUUAUCCGUCAUUGUGAUUGUGAUUUUUCUGGGAAAAUUUUACGUCAGACAGCUAGCGAAGCUUCUGAUCCUCGUUUUCUUCCCUCCUUUUUCCUAGAAACACAGCACAUUUCUGUUUCUCGUUUCCAUUUGCCACUUGCUCUUGACAAUUAUUUACCAAUUAUGUUCUGUUGAAUCACUUUUUCUGAAUUUGUUAAUUUUAUUAAAAUUUUCCUCUGAAUUUGUAUUGAUUUCAAUGGAUGCUCAUGGAGGCGCUGUUGGUGGUGGAAAUUUCCAACAAAGUUCGCAAUCUGACCAUAUGCUAGCAGUGGACGCCAUAAACCUUCGUGAGCUUCUCAAAGUCAGCGACGACGACCUCGAAGUCGAACGCGGCCGAACCGCCGAUCAACCCCGAAACGCCGCCGCACGAAUAACACUAGGGGCCGUCCUCAGCACCGACAAAACGCAUGGUGCGGUUUCUGUGAGCCGAACGCUCCACGACAUUAUCCGCGACGAGUCAUCUAACCCAGCUCCGUACGGAGAUCCCCUCGCCCAAAACGCAAACAACGCCAACAAAAAACACUGGAAGUCUUUUAAGGAUCGUCUACGCCUCCGACGCGUCGUCGCAGCUUGGACAUCUUCCGUACACUUUACGACUUCCGACGUUCCGAUUCGCGAUUCCAGAGCCAAUAUCACUCGGCGCCACUCAACUCGGUACCAGGAGAUGGCGGUGGACUCGAGCGAGUCAAUUCACGAGUCAGAUCACCAUGAAAACUCGUCGGCUUCGGCGAUUGCGCCGGCACAGAAUUCCAGAGCAGGGCAGAUUUCGCGCAUGAGCUCAACGCGUUUCUCGGCUGUUACCUUCAACCUAGAAGGAUUACCGCCGCCCAGGGAUAACAUAGGCGGUGAGUCUGAAUCGGCCCCUCGCGCGACGGGCACGCGCCUGGGAGCGGCAUUGGCGGCGGAGAGGGAGCAGCAGGGAGAGGCAGCGGGGGAGCGGCGAUCGACGGAUGCGGCGGAGGGCGAGGGGGAGGGAGCGACGCCGGUGAGGAUGUCCCUAAUGGCAUUGCUGGAGGAGACGGACAGGCAGAUGGGGGUGGUGGGGCCGGCGUACUGUGCGGCCUACGACGAAGAGGGGGAGGAAGAAGAAGAUGAGGAAGAGGGCGGGGGUAACGACGGCAGAAGAGGAGGAGGAGGAGGAGGAGAGCAGAGCUGCUGCGUGUGUAUGGUGAGGCAUAAAGGUGCGGCGUUCAUACCGUGUGGGCACACAUUCUGCAGGCUGUGUUCGAGGGAGCUUUGGGUGAGUAGGGGCAACUGCCCCAUCUGCAAUGGCUUCAUCUUGGAAAUUCUCGAUAUCUUCUGAUCAUCAUCCAUCACUGCACUCGCAUUUCCUGAUCCAGUCUUCUUCUCAUUUAUCUUUUUCUAUUUUAAUUUAUUUAUUUUUAAUUAUGUUUAGUAAUUAAUUUUUUUUUCCUGAAAUAUUGGUUAGUAAAUAAUGUUAAAUUGUGUGUGUAUUUUUUUUUUCUUUGAGCUCCGAAAAUUUUUGUAGUGUAGAUUAUUUUCUUUGA